AUCAUAGACAAAUAUAUCCUCAAUUAACAAUUCGCCAUUGCGCCACAUCACCUCGACAAUGGCUUCCAAGAUAACUCCUUUCGUUUUUCGAUCCGCAUUCAGACCAGCAAGAAUAGCUUCGCGAUCACAAUAUCGGUCAUUUGUUGCCAGCAGUAGAUUAUCCAGCGAUACUCUCAACGUUGUAUGUCUUUUAGAUGAAGCUCCGAUUAUGCCGCAUUGCAAUUACUGAUAUUCAAUCUUACAGCAUCGUGAUACACCCGAAAAUAAUGCCUCUAUUCCUUUCAAAUUCACACCUCAAAAUGAGAAGAUUGUCGAAGAAAUCCUCAAGCGCUAUCCCCCACAAUACAAAAAGGCUGCCGUGAUGCCAAUUCUUGAUCUCGGACAACGUCAACAUGGUUUCACUAGUUUGAGUGUUAUGAAUGAAGUUGCUAGAUUAUUGGAGAUGCCUCCUAUGAGAGUUUAUGAAGUGGCUACCUUUUAUACUAUGUAUAACAGGAAUCCAGUGGGCAAAUACCAUCUCCAAGUUUGUACUACGGUAUGUUUCCCCCAUGUUAGGUUAAGAUGUGGCGUUUGGCCUUGGAGAUUUAGAACUGAUAAUUUCCUCGACAGACUCCAUGUCAAUUAGGUGGAUGUGGAAGUGAUGCGAUUGUUAAAACGAUUGAGGAACAUCUCGGUAUCAAGCCUGGUCACACUACAAAGGAUGGAUUAUUCACCUUUGUUGAAGUCGAAUGUUUGGGUGCAUGUGUGAACGCACCAAUGGUACAAAUCAACGAUGAUUUUUAUGAAGAUUUGACACCCGAGUCAACCGUCACAUUACUCAAGGCCCUCCAAGCUAGCGCCUCGGAUAUUGCUAGCGCGGAAGGUGGAAAAGGUGCCAUUACAGGCGACGAUAAGAAUGUUAAGUCUGGUGCGGAAGUAGGAGAGGAUUCUGGAAAUGUUUAUAAUAAAGGAGGUGUUAAAGUACCAAGUCCGGGACCAAUGAGUGGAAGGAAAACUUGUGAGAACCUUGAUGGUUUGACGAAUUUGACAAGUGAGCCAUGGAGUAAGGAGGUUUUCAAGCCAGAAUGGCAAUAAGUUAUUACAUUUUGUAUGUGUGGUCUGGGUUGAAAAUAGAGGAUACAGUUGCAGAUGAGGAUUCGUAUGUAUAUAUCCUUGUAUCAUCAAAUUUUUGCAUUGAUAU